GCCGCGAGAGGGGGAGAGCGCGGGCUGGGGGCGUGGUCGGCGGGUGCAGAGACCGGGGGAGCUCGGUGUGGAGGGAGCGACCCGAAGCCACCGGCCGGGCUCCAGCCUCCGCCCGCACGGCGCCCCCCACCUCCCCCUCGCCGGGAGGGGGCUCGGUCCCUCUCGCAGGGGCCAUGGAUCCCAAGCGCCUCCCCAAGAGAGCUGCCCCGGACAGCAGGAUCUGCUCCCCUCCGCCCGGCUUAACAGCGGCCGGGCCCUGCUGCCCCGACUGCAGCCCCCCGUCGGCUGCCCACCGCCACGGGCUGUACUGCGGGGUGAUCCAGGCGUGCAAAGCCCCGUCCUCCGCGGCCAGCAACGCCGUCUACACGGUGCUGGUGGAAGAUGCCCUGCUGCGGCGGCGGCGGCGGAAAAGUAGCGAGGACGCGUCGGUGGCCAACGGGCUCGAGGGGAAGAGCCCUGGCAAGGGCCGGGUGAAGCAUUUGCAGAAGAGCUGUAAUGGCAAUGUGCUGCUCGAAGAAGCUGAGCCGAGGGGCCUGACGGACGCUCUGGUGCUGAAUGGCAGGAAGGUGGAUGAGCGGCAGGGCCUGCCUGCCGUGACCCACAGCCAGCUGGAGGGAUCAAACAAGGAGGCAGCGCUGCGACUCAUCAGCGUGGGGCCGGAGCAGCGCCCCCCCCUGCAUUCGGCCUACAUCCCAGUGCCCAGGCAGAGAAAGCUAUCGGGCAAGGCGGGGAUAGAUGAGGUCAUGGCAGCCGCAGUUCUCACCAGCCUGUCCACUAGCCCUCUAGUGCUUGGCAACCCGCCUGGCACCCUCAGCCCAGCAGAGCCCAGCUGCGAGGCCUGGAAGGAGGGUCCUGCCAUGUCCUCCAGCUACAGCAGCAGUAGCAACAACAGCGGGGACUGGAGCUGGGACCUGCCGAGCGACCGCUCCACCCCUUCCACCCCGUCGCCACCGCUCUCCACCGACGUGGCCAAGAGCUUCCUGCCGGCCCCCCAGCUGGACGACGGCAGCGAGGAGACUGAAGCGACCCACUUCCUCUUCGGGGACCCCAUUCCCAGGAAGAGGAAGAACUCCACCAAGGUGAUGUUCAAGUGCUUGUGGAAAAGCUGUGGCAAGGUUCUGAGCAGCUCCUCGGGGAUGCAGAAGCACAUCCGAACCGUCCACCUCGGCAGGAAAGCCGACCUGGAUCAGAGUGACGGCGAGGAGGACUUUUACUACACGGAGCUGGACGUCAACGUGGACUCCCUGACGGAUGGACUGUCCAGCCUGACCCCUGUGUCACCCACUUCUUCGGUGCCCCCGGCCUUCCCUGUUCUGGAGGUGCAGCGAACCCCGCCGGUGCUGGUGAAGCCUGAGGACUCCGUGGAGUCUCCUCUGAGUCAUUCAGCUCCAACGAGCCUGUGCCAUGUCCACACCGACCACGCCUAUCAGGUGGGCCAUGUGGAAAAGCAGGCGAUGGCUCCCAUCAGCAUCUCAGCUGCUUCGAAAACCCUGCCUGGCGGGAUGGGCUUCAGCAUCUCCUGGCAGCCGCCCCCAGCGCCACAGUCACCAGUUGUUUUUAAAGGGUCCCCGGGCUGCCUGACGGCGCUCCGCCCCGUUGGCGUGGGAGAGAAGCGGCCGCAGAUCCCUCACCCGCCCAUCACCGCAGCGCCCCCCUCUGUGCCAAAGCUGGCUGCGGGCACCAGGAAGCCCCGUGGCGAGGCCAAGAAGUGCCGCAAAGUGUAUGGGAUGGAGAACCGGGACAUGUGGUGCACAGCCUGCCGGUGGAAGAAAGCUUGUCAGAGGUUCGUCGACUGAGCGCCUCCUUCCCCCCGCGCCUGGCCCCGCUGCCCGGGCCCCUCUGGCUCCACUGGAACUUCCCAGCUCUGGAAAGUCAGCAUCAACGCUUCCUUCUUGCACGUUUUGCACUUCAGGUGCCUUCGAGCCCCGACCCCACCUCCGGGCCCCCAGGGACUCAGCUGCGGCUAGCCGGAAACUGCCUCAGACUCAGGAAAAAGGAGCCCCUUGGCCUGCAAUUGCUCUGAGGAAUUGUAGGGCGGUGAUUCUAGGCGUGGGGGGGGAAAGGAAGGGGCUGUCCUUGAAAAGGAAAAACUCAUUCCCCCUCCUCCACCCCCAUUGGUGCAACACGGCUCCCUACACCAUCUUACAUCCGGUUCCCUCCAGGAUCGGGCCCCUGAGAGCCAUUCGUCUGGCGCUGUAUUUUUGUUUUUUGCGGCGCCUCGUCCUGUCUCCUCCCCGCCAGCGUCGUGCUCUUGUCUCUUGGAAGCUUUACACUUUACGCACACGUACGCACGGAGCUUUUCUGAUCACUCUCUUUUGGAAAUAAGCUAUUUUCUCUUCCUUCACUACGUUCCUCUCCCCUCCCUCCCGCUGUCUGACUGCCGUCAGGGAUCCGGCCAAGCCAGGGAUGUCUGUGCGCUGGGAUCCAGCAGUGGGAGGCCAGUAUCAACCGCCAGCUCCGUCUCGCGCUGUGGGAAAGGAGGGGAGCGGACCUGGUACUGUGCUUGCACAGGAAGCCGCGAGCUCCUUUCCCUUUUGGUUUUUGCUUUGGAAUCUCACCGACCACAGUUCGCCACCGAAAUGGACUUCAGACCAAGAAAAGGACCCAACCCGGCCUGCCGGUGCAGCCCACGGGGAUGUGACGAGGUUCCGAGCAGCUGUUUUCUACCCUUCUUUUUUAUCUCUUGGUUUUAAAGUGCUACGUCCGAUCUGCGUCCUGACUCUGGUGGGCUAAAACACCCAGCGUCCCUGGGGCAAGGGGGGACGGUGCUGUUUGUUAUCUCCUCCAGGGAAUUCUCGAUUUUGGGACGGCAGAGGGGGAGGGAGAUGGACUCAGCAACAGAUGCCUCAACUGUUUGAAAACGCGUGUGUGGUCAGAUCUGUGAGCUCUGUGUCCGGGAUGGACACGGGGUGGGGGGAAAGCGGCGGUGGGGGUAACGGUGCCGAAGAAUAAGCUGUGCCUGGAAAAUGCGGCAUCUCUUGGUCGUUCUUUUCCGUGUGGAAAAUGUGGCUCGCUACCUGCCCCUCCCCCAGCUGCACCUGUUCUGUUGCCUCUCUGUGGGUGGAGCCUGGGUGCAGAGGGCAGAGACGGGGGACAUGCGUCCACCCAGGAUGAGGGAUUCAAGUGUUUUGUUGUUUUUUUUUUUUUUUAUAAAGGAAAAAAAAAAAACCCGCUCCCGUGGCAACGAGAGCGCCCGGAAGUGCCUGCGUCAACGCGCCCAUUUGCACUAAGCCAAACUGCACAAAGAGUUUUCUUUAUUCUUUUCUUUGUGUGUGUGGUUUUUUUUUUAAUAAAAUAUAUUAAAGGUCGUAUUUUAAAUAUUCCCUCCCUGGGCACGAGAGAGAGAGAGAGAUGGAGAAAACCCUCAUCUCCUUGCUUUCCAAAAGCACGUCUCUAGAUUUGUGUCUGUAGGGACUAUAUUUCCCAGAAUCCUUUCUCUCUCCCAUCACCCCCCCAUCCCUUUGAACACCCUGUUUAUAAGCAAGCAGCACUGGUUGCUGGGAAAUGUAGUUUUCCCUUUGUGCAUUUUUUGUGCGUCCUGCAGUCUUGACUGCAACAACCCGGGUAACGUCCAUUGGAAUUUGCCUGGAUCGUUAAUGUCUGAGAUAAUCUCACCCCCCACCCCAAAAUCCAUUUGCUGGAUGCAAAGACACGAGUCCCUGUGUGCAUGCACGUGUGUGUGCGUGUGUUUACGAAGCCGUAUUUUGUAAGAUUGUUUUUUCAAUGUUUGUAGGCUGGCUCAAUUCUAUGUAAGUUGUUGUUGGGUUUUUUGUAAACAAAACCAAUUGUCUGUGCACCAAGUGGCCCUACUAAGGCAGAUUUGAAUGGAAAAAGCUCCCUAUUAUGAAUGUAUAAUGAAUACUCCUCUGCUGCCUUUUGUGCCUGAGCAGUACGGUCCAUGCCAGGGGGAAUACUCCGGUUAUGGUCCUCGGCAGGGUGCUUCGGCAGGUGUCUAAUUUAAGUACGUAAGUGGCACUAAGGAGAUCACUGAAAUCCCACGUAUGCCCACAGUGUAGGUGGGACUUGGGUGGUGUCCAAACAGCCACUCUUGCUUAAACGUGUGCACCUGCAGAGACUUGUUGUACAGCCCGGGGAGGCAGGUUUUCCCGCUUCUCUUCCUAGUGUGGCCACGCACUUGGGCUGUGACUCAGGCUGGCAGAGUGAUAAUCGCAAGGACAAGGCUUUUGAGAGUAACCCGCAAUUUUUGGGUAUCUGACUGGAGCUGCCUUCCUGGGCCCUGAUUUUCAGCACUGAAAACCCAGGCCCCUCUUGAGGUAGCUCACGUUGGCCCCUGGCCUUUCUAGGCUUUGAAUAAUUUUCAUAAUGGGCUCUCUCCUGGUAUUUGAAUGAGAAAUGAUUUGACAGUUUCCCUUUGGGCACAAUCCAUAUUGCCUCGCCAGGGCAGGUGAUGAGGGCUUUUUCACACUCAUGACACAGGUUAUAUUCUCCCUUUUGAAUACCCCCACACGCCCCAUCUGUCCAUCCCCCCCGUCCCCCUUUUCCCCCCUCCACUUGUAAGUUGAUCAUGGCCACUAGCCCUUGGUGCUAGGCUGUGAGUGAAUCAUUGACCGAUUAAAUUGUGGGAACUUUGUGUAAUUUUCAAAAACGUUUGCUCUCCCCUUCCCUGCCCCCAGGCUUGCUCUGUGCUCUUGGCUGGUCUCUGUGCUUUCCGCCCUGCUGUGGAACUGGGCCAGUGCCACGUGCCAGGCAUGAAUUGGGUCAUUCAUGGUGGCACUGAGGGCCCCGGGGCAAAGGCCCUGCCGAAACACCAAGCGUCUCGAGGUCUCUUGGAACAGACCGAAGUGAAGGGACUUUGCCACCUUCUGCCUGGGACUGCGAUGCCUGGAGACUGCUCUGUCGCCCAGGGCGCCGCCUCCCUUCUGUGCAGUGCGAGGCCUGUCCCUGCCUCGGACUGGGCUUUCAAAGCUGCCAGCCGCAGGCCUGCUUCAGCAGGUUGAUUGUUUCCAGCGAGGUGAGGGCUUGGCCUGGCAUAGUGCUGGGCUGGGAAUGGGCCUUUUGUAACCAGGGAGGAUGGUCUGAUGGGGGGCACUGUUCGGGGUUGUUUUCCUGCCACACCCACGGACUUGCUGCAUGGCUUUAGGCAAUUAACAUGGGGCUUGAUCCUACUGCAUCUUUUUCAGUGGGAGCAGGAUACAGUGCACCUCACCCCUGUGUAAAACAAGGAUAAUGCUGGCCUACCUCCAGGGUAACAUGAGACUUAAUUCACAGGUGGGUGUAUGGUGCUUGAAGACUUGGCUAGGAGUGGUGACAGGCCGUGUGUGUUUGUAACUAAGGUGGGGGAAAGGGAGCCUGGGCCAGGUGUGUAUUGGUGUGAAUGCCCCUGGGUGGGGGGAGCUCCUGAAUGUGAAAGGUACUGGGAGUCAGGGCCGUAGUUUGGGAGUGUUAGUUUCAUGUAUCUGGCUGGGAAGUGACCCUAAGCCUGUCUCCAUGGAGGAACUCUAGGAUCUGGGGUGUAGAAAUCACCUGCACAAACCUGCCCUGUUUAGGUGUGUUUAAAACCAACAGGCCCCACCCCACCCCCAAGCAGUAAUAUAGCUCUGAUUAGUCCUAAACACAGGAAGAAAACAGUGGUGGGAGGGUUGUGGGGUGGGAGUACCUAGCCCAAUGAUUCCUGGCCUGCUGUCGGUGUGGAGGGGUGACUGUGGGCAGGGGGUGAGCUGUAGGAAUUCCUAGCCUGGUGAUGCUACAGUACCCACGUGAUCUGUUUUUUGGGUUUUCAGUUUAUUUUUAAGUAAAAACCAAUAAUCCUGAGAAUUUUUUAAAGCAUUUUAAUGGUUCUCUGAACGUUCGGUGAUAUUUUCCCAUUGUUGAAAAACGUUGCCGAAAACUCGGUUGGAAGUUUUGCCCGUUCUGCUGUCCAACAGUCUGAGGGGAGGGCUGGGAAAGCCCGAUUUCAGAAUUGCCGCCAUCUUUUACUGCCCCUGAAGACUUCCCCAAGAUGGCCGGAGAGACUUCAAUGUCUGCAGCUCUCUGCUGGUUGCUCAGCUGUUGCUGUCCAUGGUUCUUUUCAGACUGCUCAUAGCAGAUUGGUCCAGUUGUUCUUGAUCUCCUGACUCAGACCAUGUGGAGAGGGGGCAGUAGCUCAUAGAGGUAGCGUUAUGGUGGCUUUGUAGCGGGGCCUCUGACUAGCCAUGGGCCUACGCUGGAUCCUUCCAGGGGAGAGGGGUUGAGAUGCAAACCCCAGAUCUAGCUGGUGCCCGCUGUAUUUCUCAGCCGAUCGGGGGUCGUGCAGGAUCAUAGGAAUCUCCCGCCACUUCCAGCAUUUCAAAGCCCUUCUGAGAAUUCCCCUAUUUAUCCCCAGCUGGAACGCCUGGCCAGGUGCCUCCUUGGCCAGCUCCGGUGCUCAGACUCAGAGCAAGGUGAUGUGGGGCUUGAUGCAGUGGGCCCCAUUCUGUGGGGCAGUGAGAGCCCCCCCUCUUGGCGCUGUGGGGGGCAGUAUCCCAGCACAGUUCUAUAGAACGGAGCUCAGCCACCCGCGCUUUAGGACGCAUCAUUCUGAGCUCUGCUGUUCUGGGCUAUUUUCCUCCUAAAGCCUUUUUCCUCCCUCUCAAGCUCCAGGGGUCCAUAUUCGCCCCUUGCUCCACCAUUACUGAGCUUCCCAGCCACUCAGAGCUACGGGAUCCUGCAGAACCCGCUGUCUCUGGGGGAGCACCAAGGGGAGGCUGGAGGGUCGCAUGUCCCAGGCUUCUCUCAGGGUAGAACACAGCAUGGCAUAGCGAGGACCUGCCAGCACUAACCCUUGUCCACUGCCAGGGGCACGGGUUCGAAGCUGGCGCUGGUCUGUAGUCACCAGAAGUCUCUGAGGGCUGGCCAGUGGCCUGGGACCCAAGUCUGGUUCCUGGUGGUUGGUGUCCCAUAGAGUCAGAGGGUUAGAAGGGACUGCAGGGUCUAACCCUCUGCAAAUGCUGGCAGCUUCCCCCGUGUUAAGGGCCAGAACAAGCAUGGAAACGGUGCCCCCACCCUCAGGGUUGAGCUCUGUUGUGGGGAAGGGGUGGAGUGUGAAGGGACGUGCCCUACCUGUGGUGUGCCAAUUCUGAGGGUAAAUCAGGGAGUUCGGGGCCUGGGGCUGGCCCUGCUCACUAGCACACAACUCACUUUUCUUAAGAAAGCAAAUUUGCACUGUGAUUUCCCCAGGCAAAUGAUUGGGGGAGGGGAGGGGUGCACCCCUUGCAGCCAUGGGCAAAGCGGAGAAGUGUAAUCCCAGGGAAGGGGCUGCCCAAACAGCAGGGUCGGUCCUGCUGGCACCGCUAGGCCUGUUGCGUUAAUGACCAUUUCAUUGCUUUCUUCAGCAUGUUAAUCCCCUUUUGCUGUAAGAUUUCCCCACAAAUUCCCAGGACCUCCUCUUGUAGGGCUCAGUUCCUGCUUUCCCAGCCCGGUGGCAGCAGGGUGGGAUCCCAGCAGUGCCCGGGGUGACAGCUCUGCACCUGAGGAUUUCUCCCGGCUGUGGUCCAGGGGAGCUUGUCUGGGCCUCGGGCUGGUUCUGGUGGGAUUGCAGUCCGAGUGCGUGGCAGGUCUCAGCGAUAUGACAAUCCUACAUCCCCAGAUGCUGGCCGGCGGCUCAGAAGCAGCAGAUUCCAUCUCCCCUGGUGUCUUUUAAAGGUCCAACGGGCGCGUCCACUGGACGCUGGGAAUAGUAUUUCAGGAGAAGUGGCAGGAACGUUGCCCAAAGCGAAUGUACUGAGCAUGGGAACGUCCUGCAGGGGGCAGGUCGGCCCCGGCCGGAGGGAGCAGGGUCAUCCCAUGGCUGCUGAUGGUGCUCCUAAGCUGUAAAGCAGAGAAGAGUCUCUUCCCUGCCGAGUGGGAAAACCCCUCUGGUUUGCUGUGCAGGGGGCUGAGCCCGUGGUUUCCCUGGCUCCUUGCGUGCAGCCUGUGAUGGGAUCAAGUGGCGAUGGGGCCCUGCUGGCAGGGCCAUGGGUGCGAUGGGGUUUUGGGCUGUGAGACGCAUCUGGCUGGAAUUGCUCUCGGCUCCAGGUUGUUGCAGCACCAGUGGGGUCCCUGCACUGGGAGGGUUGGUGCAGGUGGCUGCCCAAGGAAUCCUGGUGGCCUUUUUCCUUUCUCUGGCUGCACUUGAUACAGACGAGCUGCACUUGAUACAGACAAGUUGCUGCUCCUUCAUGGUUUUGAACGGCUUUGGCUGGCAGUGCCUCCCUCACCCCAGAGAUUGGCCACCAGCUCCCUGCCCUGCUGGGCCCCUUCACCAAUUCUGGCCUCGCUGGUGCUGCUCACAGAGGUGUCGCCUCGGGCUUUGUGCAAGGGGGGGAAGGUAACUGGUUGCAGUGAGUGGCGUGUGCAUGCGUGUGGUUUCCUAGUGCAAUGGACACGUUCUUUGAGGAUUAAAGCCAGAUGGACAGGGAAUGCACAAGAGAUAUCUGGGUGGACCAAAGAUGUGCUACGCCCUAGCCACACUCCGAACUCCCGCAUGCCCUCCGUACAGGCAGUCACAAUUCAGGGGAAUUGAGCCACCCCCCUCUCCAGAGGUGAAUUUAGUUCUGACCUGUGAACCUGCUGGCCAUCAGGCAAUGAAUGUAGCUUGUUUGUUUCCCUGAGCUGUGUGAUGUUACCCAUUUCUCUGACCUUGUGGGACUCUGACAGGUUCAUGCACUAGGGAUCUUUGUAGGUACUGAUGCUUUCUGCAGCUGCACUGAAGCUGUGUUGGGAUGAGGGUCCCUCUGCUUGGAUUUCCUGUCCCUUGUCUGGCCUGCGCUGGUCCCUCUAGGAACCUGAGGUCCUGGCUAAUAACACAAAGCUUGGGCAGGAACAGUUGUCGGACCAGCCCUUGUCAUCUACCCUGUCCACUGCUGAUUACUGGUACUGAGCCUCUGCAUUGCAAACUAGCCCCAGUGCCCUGGCAGAAAGCCGCUCUGCGGUGGAAGAAUCACCAGUGCCCGUGCAUUAGCUGAGCCAGCACUUCCUUCCAAAGAGGGCAGAGUGUAUCGCAAAGGGGGGGGGUGAGGCACCACGUGCCAGGGCCCCUGGUGCCCCACUGGUGAAGGGGAAGGUAUGGUCAUGCACUUUGUAGGAGCCCUGCAGCCUAGGCAGUCCUCCUGCACUCCUACCACCGGUGAGGCUCCUGCUCACGUCAAUCAGGACCAGAGCUGGGGGACGUGCGCUAGGCUGGGCUCAGUUGGUGGGGAAGGCAGUAAGAGGCCAUGCCAUCUCUCCCGCAACUGCACAAACCGGCCCAGCUUGCUGGCUCCAUGCAGACUGAGACGAAGAGGAAGCAUGGCCUUUGGGGAUCCCAGGCUAGGUCGGGGAAAAGUAACGAAGCCAAGCAGCGCUUUGAAAAGGAAAAUCAAUGUGUAAAAGGGUGUUUGUAAGUGGCAAUUAAAAAACAAAACGGAACGAGUGGAACCGGCUUUGAAUUACUUGGGCUAGAAUGUACAAAACCCGCCAGGGAAUUGCACUCUGUGACCCGGGAUUGUGGCUCUUCCUGGCAGGAGGGGUGCGGCUGGAGUGGGCACUGCUGGGGUUGCCCCUUUUUAAAAUUUUCUUCCAGGAUUUUGCAAGUGGAAUUUGGGCCGAUGCUAUCUGUCACACGUGUGCUUCGCUCAGGCCCCUCUUGUGCCCGGAAUCAUGUGCCCAUGGAAGGGAGGGUUUGUCAGACACACAAAAAAAAUAAAAGAUUUGUGUUUUUCA